GCAAACUUCAAAUUUUGUUUUUGCUCGAAUUGAUGUCAUAGUUUUCACGUUUAAGAAUUUUUGUCAAAUCUACACGAAUUUUCACACGAUUCAUUCACAUUUAGUGAAAAAUUAGAGAAGCGUGUUCAAUUGGUUCCACCGGGUCGGUGAUAUUUGUUUGGUUUAACGUACAUUCAUCAUCAACCAAUCAAAAAAAGGUUCACUGCCUCUCCCUUCGAUUUUGACUGGCUUGAACAGAAUCGAGUGCUAACAUGUCUGAGAAAAAUCUAAAAGUCGGACAAAAGGUGGAAGUCGUCGGCAAGAAUGUUACUGGCGAAAUUGCAUUCAUCGGAAUGACUACAUUCGCUACGGGAAAAUGGAUUGGAGUCAUUUUGAACGAACCGGUUGGGAAGAAUAACGGUACACUCAAAGGGACUGUUUAUUUCUCCUGUGCCGAAAACUGUGGCAUGUUCGUUCGGCCCACUCAACUGGUGGUAUUAGACGACGCUGGUAAUCCCGUUGAGAUGUCCACAUCCGGAGAGAAGACAACCAGAUCACGACUGAGCACCUCCGGAUCUGUUAGAUCGGUGGCAAGCACCCGACCAACAACUGUAAGGAGAAAAUCACCAGUGAAAACGCCGCAUUCGGUCAAACAAAAUCUAACUAUGACGUCAUCGAAUUCCAGUUCACGAUUAUCACUGGCCAGUAGUCGUCAAAGUCUUCUUGGUUCUCGUAGUCAACUGGCCAGUCAACUAGCAUCUCCAGAUACGGAACGUUCGGUUCCCGCACCAGCAAUGUCAUCGUCAACAUCUGAACGAACGGAAAAGAAAUCGUCAAUUAGCCCACCCGAAUACAGUUCGGCGUCGAAGCGUGAAUCUUUCGUUGAGACUGGUUUCCUUGAAACGCUACGUCCCCAGUUUACACCAGGCCAAUCCAUUACUUCUCCAGCUAUAUCGGCGGAAGACAAACUGAAUGCGUUGCAGCAGCAACAACACAUUGAAGAGCUAAAAUCUCAAAUUGUUGAUUUGACCGAAAAGCUCGAGACGAUACGGCAACGGCGCAGCGAAGACAAGGAACGUCUCAAGGAAUUCGACAAAAUGAAAACGCAAUUCGAGCAAUUGCAAGAAUUCAAAUCGAAAAUAAUGGAUGCGCAGUCGCAACUACAGAGGGAACUGCAACGCUCUCGGCAAGAGACUAAGGAUGCAAUUGAUGCUCGCGAUCAGUAUGUGGAGGAGAUGAGCGAAUUAGCAGAGAAUAUGGAAUUGAUUACGUUGGACAAGGAAAUGGCUGAAGAGAAAUCAGACACGUUGCAAUUGGAGUUGGAAGCGAGUAGGGAACGGUGUGAAGAGCUUCAACUGGAUUUGGAUAUUUUGAAAGCAGAAAUGCAAAACAAAACAGGUGAUGUCGUUGCUGGAAGUGUAACCGGUGGUGAAGGAAUUACCUCCUACGAAUACAAGCAAUUGGAGCAACAGAACACACGUUUACGAGACACUCUGGUCCGAUUACGUGAUCUUUCAGCACACGAAAAGCACGAAAUUCAGAAGAUCGCUAAAGAGUUGGAGACGAAGAAAUCGGAAGUGAACGAAUUGCAACGCACGAAAAAGAAACUGUCGGCUAAGAUCGACGAGUUAGAGGCGCAAGUCGUUGAUUUGCAAGAACAGGUCGAUGCAGCUUUGGGUGCUGAGGAAAUGGUGGAACAACUGGGCGAAAAGAAGAUGGAAUUAGAAGAUAAGGUCAAACUGUUGGAAGAAGAAGUUGCCGAGCUGGAAGCGUUGGAAGAAGUACACGAGCAACUGGUCGAAAGUAACCAUGAACUGGAGCUGGACUUACGCGAGGAAUUAGAUAUGGCUCUGGCAGCUAAACGAGACGUAAUCCGAGAAUUGGACGCGGCAACGGAGACGAUUUUGGAUCGCGACCAGACCAUCGUGAAAUUUAGAGAAUUAGUUCAGAAACUCAAUGAUCAAAACGCAGAGCUUCGUGAUCGUGCCGCAACCAAUGAACCAGUCAAACAAAAUGCCAUCGCCGAAGCGAUCGAUUUCAAGCAAGUGUUUGCCGAAUCGAAGGCUCAUACCAGAGCCAUUGAUCUUCAACUGCGCCAAAUUGAAUUGAAACAGUCGAAUGAGCACGUCCGACUACUGACGGCAUUUAUGCCCGAAACCUUCCUGGCUCGAGGCAGUGACAAUGACGCAGUUCUGGUAAUUUUGCUGGUGUCACGGAUCGUGUUCAAAGCAGGAAUUAUCGUCGGUCAAGCGAAGGAGCGCUUCCAGACCGUCGACAUUAUCGAUCGAAAUGCGGUGGUUCAAGGUCACGCCGUGCAAGAGUUUUCGUUCAAAUCGCGUCUGUUGCACCACGUUCAUAAUUUACAAGCGGUGAUGCACCAAUUCCUUUACGGCCUGAACGUUUCAACGCCGGAAACUCUACUGAAAGCUGGUGCUUCGUUGCCGGAAAUGAUUGCACAGGAGAAGGUUAUCGACGGUGUUGUUGAACUGUUGAAGGCCAAUCAGUUGGAUGAGAAUUCAUCGACCGACAAUCUCGAGAAAUGUGUGACCUUCUUCAACGCCAUGUACUCCGUGUUGCUGGCAAACGAUAACCUGACGAAUGAAGUUCAGUUAGUUCGUGACUAUACGGCAUCGAUUACAGCAUGCUGUGACGCUCUAGCCACAGACAGUGCGUCAAUGCAGGCGCUGCUACAGGGUGGUGAUGAGGCUGGCGAGUCGGGACAACUGCUACAGUAUGUGGUUGAUUCGAGCAGUACAAUGAAACAACAGUUGAAGUUGAUUAAGCGACGACUGCCACAGGACGACAGUGUCAUCAAGUCAGGAUUGUCGAGCAAAACGUUAACGAAUCUCAAACAAGCGAACGAACAACUUGGUAGAGCCAUGACGGCCAUAUUCAUUUCAUCGAAGCUCGUACUGCAAUCAAUUACCUUGGAUGGCGAAACGGACGUGUCAAUUUCCAAUGAACGAUUGCUGGAGCUGUUGUCAGCUUCAUUUGAAAAAGUGUACGAGCAAGAUGAUCGUGGACCGAAUCAAAAUCUGAAGACAUGUUUGAGUGCAACCAACACGGAAAUGUCCCAGCUCGCGCAGUAUUUGCUCGACAACGAAUACGAGAUAUUGUCGAUGCAAUCAACGAUCAGCAAACCAACGGCACCAAUAGCUCUGCGUGCCCAGUUCAUCAAAAAGCAAUUGGAAGAAACGAAAACGCUUACGGCCAAUCUCGAAAAUCGCGAGGCCGAAAUAAGACAAUUGAAGUUGGCAGCUAAGAUGAAACAGAGCGAACUGUCGGAAAUGCAAAUUCGAAAGGACCUGGCUGAGAAGAAACUGUCCGUGCUGCAGAAUGAUCAUGAGAUCAACACGGACAAAUUGCAGCGUAAAUAUGACGAGACGUUGCAGCUGCUGAAGAAGAAGGAAAAAGAGUUCGAGGAAACCAUGGACCAUUUGCAGUGUGACAUUGAUUCGCUGGAAAAUGAACGCGGUCAGCUACGGGAGAAACUGAAGGCGUACGGAACGAAAAAGGGGGAUUUGAAAGCGUCUACCGCUUUCGACAUUACAGCCGGUUCUCCAUAUAUCGCACAAGAAUUGGCGCUUUUAAAGAAAGCUUUCAACGAUGAACGGUCCGAGCGUCUAAAGCUGCAAGCUAGCGAGAUGAAGAAGGUGCUGAGCAACCUAACUCCAAUCUACGUCCCACAGCCGAAAGACAAUCGAAUCAUCGAGUUGGAAAAGGAUUUAGCAAAAGUCAAAUACGAUUACAUCAUGUCACUGGCUAAGGGUGCCGAAUUUCCUGGCGCACAAACGAAAACCAGCAACAUUUCCAAGCUACUUAGCGAUCAUCAGAACAAGCAAAAAAUUUUACGGCAAGAAAUAAAGAACCGAGUGGAACACUUAGCGUCGAAUGUGUUGGACGAAUAUUUUCAGCGGAAACCGUAUCGGGCCACCAAUGGUGAUUUUUCGAAAUUCGCCACGCCAGAACUGACGCGAGCACUUCGAUCGAAUUAAGAGGAUAUUCUCAUGUAAUUGAUGGAAACAAAGACACUAAUUUAUUUGCAAAUAAACUAUUUACAUAAUCAAAGGCUA